CAGUUUCAUUUGAACUCUCGUCCCGUUCCUAAGCAAGUUAAGUCGCAGACAGGCAGACAGGCGCAGGCAGGUAGGUGGCCUGACUUGGUGGAACUGAAUCGCAAAAACAACAACCACCGUCGCCGCCGCUAGUAUUUUAUCUCCUGCGACUGUACGAGGUGGACCCUUGACAACUGGAGGCUCUCCUGUUUUUUUGCUACUUUGGAUCUUCUGGAGUUCUACUUAAGAGAGUGAGAUGUAUCGAGUAAUCAGCAGACAGUAUCACAGCACAAAGGGAGUGUUCGGAUUCAUACCGAAACCACCGAAGGAGUUCCAGUUGGACAAACGAAUCAUCGAUGCCCGCGCGCAAUACAGCAAAGCCUAUCGCUGGGUGGAAUCUUUCAGAAACCAUGCUCAUCGGGUAGCCUCGAUCAACCCUGUGCCCUUCCAAGAACCGGCGAAGACCGAGAGCCAUCUACUGGACUACUCCCGUUACGGCCUCUCCCGGUACGAUAGUGUAGAUUUGUUCGGCGUCGUCAAGUCAGACUCUGUAUCUGCCUUAACCGUCGAACAGCUGGAACAACUCCUUCGAGAAAUCUACUGCGGAACUAGUAGUAUUGAACUGGCGUACAUCGAGAACGAGUACGAGCGAGAAUGGCUAGCGGAGAACUACGAACAGUUGUUUCACACAACUCUGCCUUCUUCAGACAAGAAGGAAAUCGCCAAACUACUCCUCAAAUCGCAGGCGUUCGAUAACUUCCUGGCGACCAAGUUCCCCGCCGUCAAGCGAUACGGAGGCGAAGGAGCGGAAAGUAUUAUGGCCUUCUAUCGGCAGUUGUUCCUGUGCGCUGCGGAAGCCGAUUUGAGUAACAUCGUCGUUGGGAUGCCCCACCGAGGAAAGCUGAAUGUGUUGACCACGCUGUUCCAAACGCGGCCCGUCAAGAUCUUCCGGAAGUUCAAGGGGCUGCCGGAGUUCCCAGCGGACGCGAAAGCCAUGUGCGAUAUUGCCAACCAUUUUAAUACCUCCACGGACUUAAACAUCAACGGCAAAACAAUCCACCUGAACAUGCUCAACAACCCAUCCCACCUAGAAGCGGUAAAUCCCGUUUCCAUGGGUAAGGCUCGUGCCAAGCAGCUAUCCCUCCACGACGGACCCUACCAACUGAAUCCAACCAGCUCCUCCUCAAAGGUCGUCAACAUCCAGCUGCACGGUGACGCCGCAUUCGUCGGCCAAGGAAUCAACCAAGAAUGCCUCAUGAUGGCCGAUGUUCCGCACUUCGACGUCGGAGGCUCUAUCCACAUGAUCGUUAACAACCAGGUCGGGUUCACGACCCCUGGUGAUCGAGGUCGCGGCACUCGCUAUGCGUCCGACCUGGCCAAGAGCAUCAUGGCUCCGGUGUUCCACGUCAACGGCGAUGACCCCGAAGCGCUGACCAAGAUCACCAAGCUGGCCUUCGCCUAUCAGCAAAAGUUCGGCAAAGACGUCUUCAUCGAUCUGAACUGCUUCCGUCGCUGGGGUCACAACGAGCUGGACGAUCCCACCUUCACCAGCCCGCUGCUGUACAACGUGAUCCACAACCGGAGUUCAGUGCCAGACUUGUAUGCCAAGAAACUGUUAGAAUCUGGGGACCUUACUCAAACCGACAUCGACACCGUCGUCAAGAACCACCACGAGUUCCUGAACUCCGAACUACAAAGCGUCAACACCUAUCAACCCGAGAAGAGCUACUUCGAACGCCAGUGGAGCGGCAUUCAACAAGCAGGAAACGAGAUCACCACUUGGGACACCGGCGUGAACUACAGUCUACUGAACUUUAUCGCCCAAUCCAGCGUCAAACAUCCGGAAGACUUCGCUCUUCAUCCGCACCUCCGGAAGCACCACGUGGAAGCCCGACUUUGCAAGAUUGCCGAAGGCAACCGCAUCGACUGGGCCACCGCGGAAGCCAUGGCCAUCGGAAGUCUCAUGUACCAGGGCUACCACGUGCGCAUCAGCGGAGAAGACAUCGGCCGCGGAACCUUCUCCCAGCGCCACGCCAUGUUCAUCGACCAGAACACCAACGAAAUCUACAUCCCACUGAACGAUCUGGAAGGCGGAGCCGGCGGAAAGCUGGAACUGGCCAACAGUAUCCUGUCGGAGGAGGCGGUUCUCGGAUUCGAGUACGGUAUGGCGAUCGACAACCCAAACAACCUGGUCAUCUGGGAGGCACAAUUCGGGGACUUCUUCAACGGGGCGCAGAUCAUAAUCGAUACCUUCCUGACCACCGGUGAAACGAAAUGGAUGGUGUGCAACGGAUUGGUGAUGCUUCUGCCGCACGGCUUCGAUGGUGCUGCUUCCGAGCACAGCUCGUGCCGGAUAGAACGUUUCCUGCAGAUGACCGACUCGAAGGAAACCACGCCGGACGGCGACGACGUCAACUUCGAAGUGAUCAACCCGUCCACACCGGCUCAGUAUUUCCACGCGUUGCGUCGACAGCAGGUGCGCAACUACCGGAAGCCGCUGGUCGUCGUGGCACCCAAGACCCUUCUCCGACUGUCGGAAUGCGUUUCGACACAUGCGGAACUUGCUCCGGGGACAUUCUUCCAGACGGUGAUCGGGGACGCCACGGUGAGCGACCCCAAGAAGAUCAAACGGGUAAUUCUGUGCAGUGGAAAGCACUACUACAAUCUGAACAACGAGCGACAGACGAGCAAGAACGGUGAAGUGGCGAUCGUGCGACUGGAAUCGCUGUGUCCCUUCCCGGUGCAGCGGAUUCAGGAAGAAUUGGCCAAGUACAGUAACUUGCGCGAGGUCGUGUGGAGCCAGGAGGAACAUCGCAAUAUGGGAGCGUGGAGCUUCGUGCAGCCUCGGUUCGAGAAUAUGUGCGGAAAGAGGAUCACGUACCGAGGACGUUGUGAAGGAUCUACGAUUGCUGUAGGAGUCAGCUCGUGGCAUGCCAAGGAGGCGGAAGAGGUCAUCAAAUCUGCAUUUCAGUAAACCACUAUAAAAAGAGUUAUGUAAAUAAAAUUGUGAUCGUA